GGCCCCUGUAAUAAAAAUACAUGAAGAGAACUGAGGAAAAGGAGAAGAUUGGUCGGGGAUAAAGCCAACAACACAACGUUUAUUCCUUUCUUCUCCUCCCGCGCCUGAGCCAAGGACGUGGACGCUUUGUACGGCAGCUUGGGCUGUAUUUUCACCGCGGUAUCGACAGCCCUGGCUGAAAUGCUAUGUUAUCUGUGACUUUCUUGUUUUUUUUAGCAGACAGAGAGAGAUAACUGUACAGUAUCCAAGCCUAGCGGAUUGGAGUGAAAGUCCGCCAUAUUCUGCCUUACCACGCCCGGGAGUCGAGCCAUUGGAAAAUAAACGGACAGCUUUAUUCACGUGUUUUUCCCGCUGCCCUCGUCCACGGACAAUAACUUAAAUAUUAGGGGUUUUGCAGAUUGAAAAAUAACGACACUGAAGACUUUGAACGGAGGGUGACCGGGCACGGAUGGCAGUGCCUAACGAGAUGACACAGAGAGCAGUACGGAGCGUGUGUCUUUAAACGAUCUGUUGAUCAUAUUGAGAAGGAAAAGCAGAUUACACCAAUUAAGAUCGCACAGAUAUUCAACUCAAACCGCCUCGGAUACUAUUUUCAAGCUGUCGAGAGGCCCAAAAAGCGAACCGAAACGGGGGGAGGGGGUCACUAAUAUCUCAAACAUCUAAUUUUCCUUUCCACUACAGUCUGUGCGCUGUUCAGACACAUUGUAAGGGCGUCCACGCGUUAUUUCACCACAAGUAGGCCUGUAUGAGGACGUUAUUUGGCAUUCACAGGCCUCGGGUUUUUUUCUGCUCUAACGAAUCUGAAAUCUGGAUGAAUCAGUGAGAGAGCCAAGCGGAAAAGUAAAUAAAAAGGAUAGAAAAUGACCCUGGAAUCCAUAAUGGCGUGCUGCCUCAGCGAGGAGGCGAAAGAAGCCAGGCGGAUCAACGACGAGAUCGAGAGGCAGCUCCGCCGGGAUAAGAGGGACGCACGCCGGGAACUGAAACUGUUGCUCCUCGGCACUGGAGAGAGUGGAAAGAGCACAUUCAUCAAACAGAUGAGGAUUAUCCACGGUGCCGGCUACUCUGACGAGGACAAACGGGGUUUUACCAAACUGGUCUAUCAGAACAUCUUCACAGCCAUGCAGGCCAUGAUCCGAGCCAUGGAGACACUCAAGAUCCCCUACAAAUAUGAGCACAACAAGGGUAACGCCAACAUUGUGAGAGAGGUGGACGUAGAAAAGGUCACCAUGUUUGAGAAUCCUUACGUAGAUGCAAUCGGGAGCUUAUGGAAUGACCCGGGCAUCCAGGAGUGCUAUGAUCGGAGAAGGGAAUACCAGCUUUCGGAUUCCACUAAAUAUUACCUGAACGCAUUGGACCGGAUCGCUGACCCGUCGUACCUUCCCACCCAGCAGGACGUGUUGAGGGUUCGAGUCCCAACCACGGGGAUCAUUGAGUACCCAUUUGACCUGCAGAGUGUCAUAUUCAGGAUGGUGGAUGUUGGGGGUCAGAGGUCAGAGAGGAGGAAGUGGAUCCACUGCUUUGAGAAUGUCACAUCCAUCAUGUUCCUGGUAGCGCUCAGCGAGUACGAUCAAGUUUUGGUGGAAUCAGAUAACGAGAACCGGAUGGAGGAGAGUAAAGCUCUGUUUAGGACAAUAAUCACGUACCCCUGGUUCCAAAACUCCUCAGUCAUUCUGUUCCUCAACAAGAAGGACCUGCUGGAGGAAAAGAUCAUGUACUCUCAUCUGGUUGACUACUUCCCAGAGUAUGAUGGUCCACAGAGGGAUGCCCAAGCAGGGCGAGAGUUUAUCCUCAAGAUGUUUGUGGACCUGAAUCCCGACAGCGACAAAAUCAUCUACUCUCACUUCACCUGUGCCACUGACACAGAGAACAUCCGUUUCGUCUUUGCAGCCGUCAAAGACACCAUCCUGCAGCUCAACCUAAAGGAGUACAACCUGGUGUAGAGCGGAGCAGGACCGUCACCGGGGGCCCUCAGCACACACUGACUGACGCAAUCUGUGAAAAGAUGGAUCAUAUAUAUAUACACACACAGAAAAAAAAUCUGAGAAAAACGUCUAAUGGUUGCAUAAUACUAAUUUAUUUGCCAUUUGUUGAUCUCUUGGUCGCCAAGGGGUGAGCAAAGUAGAUGUUAUCUUGCUAUUUAAGGAGCUGAUGACAAAUAGGGAGGGGGCAAGAAAUUCAGAAGGGUUGGGGGAGGGAUUUGCUGUUGAACAUGUACAGCAAUGAUCCUCACUUUUAGGCUUUGCGCAUUGUGAAAUUUUGUUUGUUUUUCAUAGAAAGAAACUAUUUUGUGCACUCGAGGUCCGGGGGCUUGUUUUGUCUGUCAGUCUGAUACAUCAGGGCUGGAACGACUGCAUUGUGCUCCCUCCCUCCUGCCUUUUUAUAAACAAGAAGGGAAAAGAGAAGGUUUUCAUUCCUUUUUUUUACCCUCCCUCCUUACCUGUUGGUUCAUUCUGAAGCUUCAUCGUGGGCGUUUACCUGUUUGCCCAACGGGAAAUUGUGUAAUAGAUCACUCAAAGGACUGAUUGGCAAGUCUUUCGAGGACUAGGUGUAAACUGUGAUUUUUAAAUCAUUUCGUAUUGAUUUGUUAGUGAUUGAAGCUGAUCAUUAUUAAAUUGUAUUAACUUUGGUGCCAUCCAGUGAGUGGGGCUUGUUCGACCAUGGAAGCACACAUCAUGUGUCGAGCGGCGGUCGUGCGAGAGCUUUCCACCAUCAACGUAGCCAUGAAAUCCAGUAGUGUGUGUAACUGGCUUUAAAAAUGCUUUGAGCGACGAGGGGAGGAGGUGCACGCAGAGGCCGCUGCUCUGUCAUCUUGACGGUGGCGGUCACUUGACACAGAGUGAAGGGAGCUGAGGAGCUGAUCAUUUAUGAGUAUGUUGUUGUCAAAUGAUUAUGUUCAACUGUGCUACAUUCAUGCUUUUUAUUAUGGUAAUAUGUAUAUUUAUUGCCAAUGCCAAACCAACUCGAGCACCAGACUCCUCGCUGCAGCUGUUUAUAAUGAAAAGUGUUGAGGCCAGGAAAGAGCAGGGCUGAUCAAAGCAGAAGGAAAGGACCGACUUGACUUUACUGACUGACUUAUUGAUCCUUGCCAUUUUUGAAGUAUUCUACCAAGUCAUCCCGGCAGACGACCCUGUCACCUUUUGGUUGUGUCUUUAUAAUUGUCCCGUCACGGCCUGGAUGUCUUGAUUGUUGUAGUUCAGUAGCAGUGGAGCGUAAAUCUGGCCAACUCCUGUGUUGACGUACCAAAGUAAGCCCCUCUUGUUUCUGAUUUGGCACCUCUGAUUCGCAAGUCCUCAUUCCCAAGUUAUUUAGAGUUUUGUUUUGUUUUUUUUUGUUUUUUUUUUGGUCACAGUUCCCCAGAACAUAAGCCUGUAAUUUACAUUUAUUGAGGCAUAGUGCAAUUAUGAAUGCUAUAAUCAUUGUACAUACAUCUCUCUCUCUCUCUCUCUCUCUCU